AAUGUUUCGAAACCCUACAACGAAAGUUUUCCACGCUUUCGGUGAAGAUACACGACUGUUCAUAACUGUCUCGUGAAUUCACGUGUGUCAAUUCAUCCGAACUUGCGAUUUUUAAUUGAAUAUUGAGAUAUCAGUAGCGAUAACCACCAAUGGAGAAUAUUGGAAAUGUGACAGCUGAUCAGUUGCUAGCAGGUGCCAGCGUUUUAUCGAGACCUGCUGAAGAAUUCGGCAAUGACAGCUCGAUCGAAGCCAUGUGGGCGAUGAAAGCCUUCGAACAUGCAGAAAUUUAUUUUAAUAUUUUAUGCUCGCUUGAUCCAAAAAUCCUCAGGCUGACGCCCCACGACGAUGCAAUCUACAAAACCUUCCGAGAAACAUUCCCCGACCUAAAAGUAGACAUUAUCAACGUAAACGAGAUGAAAUCCUCAGAGGGAAAGAAUAAGUGGAGGUCAUUCUGUGAGCAAUUCAAAAAUCUCGUUGAAGACUACAACAUGGGAACUCUCCUGAGAGUCAACUGUGUUGACGAAUACUCUGAGAAAAACAGUACCCUGGUCACCAGGAUUCAAUUCUACGCGAUAGAGUUAGCGAGGAACAGAGAGGGCCAUAACGACUGCAUCAUGCAAAAAUUCAAGCCCAAGAAAAUCUCGAAGAAUUGAUCCACAUUUUCCCAAAUGGUCCACCGAAAAAUAUGUUUCUCAAUUAACUUGACAAAUAAAAUGAGAGAAUACUA